UCGCCCUCACCACCUCCACCUUAUGAGAAGCCUAUCGCAAACGGUGCCAGCAACGGAAACGAUACCGAAUUGGUCUCGGCAGCAGAGGCUCUUACACAGUUGAACCAAUCAGCUUCGCCGACUUCUGGCACUCAAAGUAUAGCUUCUCCAAUCGACGACGCUAGCAGUGAAACUCAGCAUCCGUUUGUCACCAAGGUGUCGCAGGUCACGAAACAUCCCAUCGUGACCAAUGCUGUCAAGUUCUACGAAAGCUCGAAGAGACAAUAUGCCACUUUUAACUAUGCGGCUGAAAUUGUAGAAAAAGCGGCUUUUCCUGUAGUCAAGAACUUGGAAGAGGGUUUGAACAAUAGACAUCAGGCUAGACAGAAGAAGCUUUCUCCUGUGACGUCAAAGAGAAGACGUCUUUCCAAUGCCAGUGGUGUAGAUUCCAAGGUAACUCCAGAAACAACGAAGAGAAUCCAGUUCUGUUUGCAUAUCUUACGGUUAGCCACCGAUAACAUCACCAGCAAAGUAAACUUCUUGCAGCAGAAAAUGUUAGAACGCGAGAAAGUGGCUCAGGAAGAACACGAGAAGCAGCAGCAGGAGUUGGAGCAACAAGCUCAAGAAGAGAGCGCAGUACCUACUACUGAAGUUGUGGAACAGGCCAAUACCGAAAUUGUAUCUACAGUUAAGAAGAUUAUCCACCUACUCUCCAACUUCAGACCUUCUUCCUUGAGUGCCGAAAGCUUAUCCCCCACUCCGAGCCAUUCGGAAGAUAGUGAGUUGAAACAGUCGAUCAGAGACAUCAUUUUGACGUUACCCAAUACUUUGCAACAAAACAGCGUAGCCAGCAGUCCCAAUGCCAACAACGCUCAGCAGGUCAAUGAUAGAGUAUUUUUGUUUGCCAAAGAAUCAUUGGAUAUGAUUGCCAAAUUGACCACUGUUUUCAACGAGCAGUUGGCCAAGGCUGAAUCAUGGGUAGGUGGAGAA